GGGGACCGCGUGUUUGGAGACAUGCAAAGCGCGUCUCGGGGUGCUCUGGGGCGAGACACGGGGUGGCCAGCGCGGGAGGCUGCGCGCCCCUGGCGCAGCUGCUGGGACUUGCAGGACGGAGCGGGUGAUGGAGAUGGGCAGGAGAUAAGCGGCCGUCCGCAGAGGCCGGGCCAAGCCGGCGGAGGUCCCUUCCCUCCGGAGUGGGGACAGCCGCGCGCUGUCACCCAGCAGGGCUGCCGGGGAUUGGCCGCGGGAGAACUGGUGAGCGGCGGGGCCGCGUGGCCAUUGGCCGCGCCGGGGAACACGCUACUCUGCCGGAUAACCGAAAACAAAUCGUCACGUGUGCUCAGGGGCGGUUGCCAGGGGAGCAACUUCUCAGCACUUCCUUUUGCAGGAUCGCUGAGUAAACCGUGGCCCAGAGCCAAGGCUUUUCCCCUGGACUGCUUCAGCACUGUGGGUAAAGUCAUAAGGAAAAGAGCAACCCCCUUGAGAGUGUAGAUUUUCCUGCACCUAGCCGGUUGCAUAGAUGCUGCAAAACCUAACACAGGGCAGCCUGAACUGGGGACAGGGAGACUGCUGUCUUUUGUUUUUAGUAGAAUUUUUUUGUUGUCAUUUAGCUGGUUUUAUAAAAUGUUGAGUGAUCUUGGCCCAGCAGAUCGCUGGAUGCUUGUCUGCUCACACAGCGUUUGUUUAUUUAACCAGCACCUGUGGGUCCUUUCUGCAGCCUCAGCUCUACAAGCUGCUGAAAUGUAAAAGGGCGCAGACAGGCCCCUGGCCUUAAGCGCCUUAGAAUCUGGUGGGGAAAACACGUACCUAAGUGGCCACAUGUGUGUUGCCUGCUUACCAGGGCUCUGUGUGCCGUGGGUUGUUUAUUCCUUACCACACAGUGCGGUAGGUCCAUUUAUAGAUGUGGAAACUGGAUCGCAGGCCAGUCCUGUCCAAGGGUGCACAGCGAGCAGCGUUCCUAACUCUGCACACUGCCUCCUGCAGCCAGGUGUGUCCACGGCUCUGUGGGAGCACUGGUGCCUGGGUGGACGCCCUGAACACAGCAAGGAGGAGGAAGCCCUGUAGCACAGAGCUGUGUCCCAGCCAGGGCAUACGUCAUGUUGGGAUUCUGUCAUUACUCAGCACUGGGGAGUUUGUUCUCAGAUGGGAUCCUCUUUCUCUGAGCCCUUUUGGUAUGUGGCUGCGCUCAUUUGAACAUUUUUUUGAGAAAUAUAUCUAGAUUUGAAAUUUCAUUUUUAUCCCAUAUUUGGCAGAAUAGUUUCUUUCUUUGAACCAAAAACUUAAUCUUAAAAAUGAAAUAUUUUGGUUUAGCCUUAAAAGGUAACAUUAAGCUGUAGUGAAGUAAAGUUAAUUUUGGAGGAUUCCAUUUUUCAAAACUCCAAAGUUAGAACUUGAUUAAAGGAGAUAUAAAAUGGAAAACUGCACAUUUUCAUCUGAAUGCUCGGCUAACACUGUGUUUCUUGUUUCUUGGAUGAAGAACCUAAACACUCACCUCGUUCGCACUCAGCUGAGGUGCAGCCCUGCGUGGCCUCUCCGAGCCUCGCCCUUGGGUGUGGUUCGCACGGGGAACUUGUCCCACGCACCGUGGAUGUUCAGUCCUGCCGCUGUUUUUACUAUUUUGCUUCAUGCCUUCCUGUCUGUCCAGGUUCUCUUUUAAACUCCAUGUCUGUAAAGACUUCCUAACUAUUCCAGACCCCAGUGAGCUCUUCCUUCUCCGUUCCGGUUACAUAAUCCUCAUAAUUUUACACAUGAGAAAACAAACAUGAAGAGCCACGUCCCAUCUGAGGGCCAACUGGGACUCGAGGCCAAGUUUUCUAUUCCUGGUCCAGUGCUCUUUCCACGGUGUGGGGGAGGGGGGCUGCACACAGGGACCAAUUAAGGAAGGAGAGGAACUGACAUGGGGCUGUCCCGCCCGGCAUGCCCCACGGGUGUGCACGGCAGGGGCGCAUGUCUUCUGGACACCUUGCUAGAGCCCCCUGAGAUCAAGUCCAGGGCCACUCCGUGGGCAUGUGACCCGGAACGUGAGAGUCACGUCAGCAGAAAUGCAGGUGUCUCAUCGCGUGCGCAGCCCCAGUGCUGGGUGGCAGCGCAAAAGUCAGGACUGCGAGGGACUUGCAUCCACAGGUGUCCUGGACGCUCACCUUUCCAUUGCAAAAUGGAAGUCAAACUUGGAAAUACUAGCGGUGGUCGGCUUGCUGUACCCCUGCAUCGACAGCCGCCUGGGCGAGCCCCACAAGUUCAAGCGGGAGUGGGCCAGCGUCAUGCGCUGCAUCGCCGUCUUCGUGGGCAUCAACCACGCCAGCGCCAAAUUGGACUUUGCCAAUAACGUCCAGCUGUCCCUGACUCUAGCAGCCCUGUCCUUGGGCCUCUGGUGGACGUUUGACCGUUCGAGAAGUGGCCUUGGGCUCGGCAUCACCAUUGCCUUUCUAGCUACUCUGAUCACUCAGUUUCUCGUGUACAACGGCGUCUACCAGUACACGUCCCCAGAUUUCCUCUACAUCCGCUCCUGGCUCCCGUGCAUAUUCUUCUCAGGAGGCGUCACCGUGGGAAACAUAGGACGGCAGUUGGCUAUGGGUGUUCCUGAAAAGCCACACAGCGACUGAGGCUCCAAACGCACCGAUUCCGGAGAGUCGCCGAGAUUUGGGGAGAAAACCUGAUAGCGGAUUGUGACAAAGAUGAUUUUUUUUCCUAAAUACUGUUUAGGUGGGGCUGACUGUGCAAAUGACUCCUGGAAAACACAUUCACCUAGUCUAGAGUAGCCAAGUGGAGAAAACAACUACUUACCCCGAAGUCUUACCUUGACUGCCUGCCCUCACGCCUGCCUGUGCUCCGGAACAUUCUAUCCCAGGCUGCGUGUUGGGGGUUCAAGCAGGUGGCCGUUUCCCGAGUAUUAGAUUUCAUUCGUGCGAUUAAAAACAAGUUGCCAUAUUUCAGAGCCUUGAGCGAAGACUGACUUGCCAACUGUCAGUUCUCUGUCGGUGCCCAAAGGAAAUGGGUUGAUGGUGCUUAACAAAGAUGCAGUGUGGUGUGAUAGGAAUCAUAUUUAUCCAAAAGAUUUUUUUAAAUAGGGUUGUGUUAAAAAAAAAGAGAGAGAGAGAGAGAAGAAAAGCAGCAGUGAGUGUCGAGGGGUCACACUCUGGGGUGGCAGUGCUUCAUGGUCACCCAUGGUCAGUGCUGCAGUGGUGCAUGCAUGUGGCCACGCGUGUGCUCGCGUCGCCAGUGAAUGAACCGUGCUUUUCAUUCUACCCGGUGGAAGUUUGUGUAGACAAUCUUACGGAGAGCAAAGGCAGUGAAAAGUCAUAGUUCUACACUGUGAUAUAUUGGAGUUUUCACCUCAAUUUGUGAAGUUUUUGUUCCAAAAUAUGUAAUCAUCUGAGAAUGAAUACCUGUCUGCCGUGUACUUCAAUCUUAGUGAGCCAAAUUGUUUGUUUGUUAUUCCAGAACAGAGGCAACUAUUUUUUUUUUCCACAGCCCUAUGGAAUUUGCAAUCUGUGAUUGCCUUGUAAAAAGAAGAGUGCAUAUGUCACUACAGUUAAACAUGUGGUGUUUCUAAAUAUUCAAUGAUACUGGUGAGCACAAUGUAUUCAUUUAAUGGCAUAGACCAUGUUAGACCUAAUUUGCAAGUAUUGGGUCUUAAACUUCAAGUGCAAUGUAUAUGAAAACCAAUCUGAGCCUUGUAUUCUCUUAAAUAUUUAUUUUUCUUAACGUGUGAGAUGUUCAAGAGAAGGGUUCUCCAUUCAUUUCAGUGCUGCAUGGAGGCAGAACUCAGCAAUAAUUUCCUUUGGUUGUAAAGUUACUUUAUCAUUUUACCCUCCACUGAGCCCUAGUCUUUUGAAAUACUCCAGUUUUGUGGGUUUAGUAAUUUUUACUUAACAAAUUUGCCUUUUUGUAUUUUGCAAUUUAAAUGUUUUUGGUUUGUUUUAAAUUCUGUGAAAGUGGCUUGAUUAAAAGACUCCUUUUAAGUAGAAGUCACCAGUCAGCAGAAUAGAAACUAGGCUCACUUGCCUGUGAGUGCCGAUGUGUGUGUUUGGUUUCAUUUACGUGAUGAUCCUUUUUGGGGGUUUUUAUUUUGUUUUGUUUUGAGGAAAAUAUCUUGGAGUAAAUUUUAGGUUACUGAAGGUAAUUUGUUUUAGAGGAAUUUUUUAAAAAAGAAAAUGGAAUCAUUCUGAACUUUAGAAUGAUCCCUUAUAAAUUUUCUGAAAAUGUAAAGAAAUGAUUAUUAUGUGAAAACAUUUUUCAAUGAAGAUGUCAACAUUUUAUGAAAAACCAGAAGCUAUUAGAUGAAACCAGUAACUGAAUCUUUAAAAUAUACUUGAUCAUGCACAAACAAUAAGUAUUUUUUCUCUUAAACUGGAAGUAAAUCUGUUAGAAGUAAUGCAGCCAAAAAAAUAUAAAUUUGAAGAAAUUUUUUUGCCAAUAGUUUACAGCAAAUAUAUGAACCAAAGUGAUUUGCAUUUGUAAAAAUGUAAAAUAAUAUGAACAACAUUUGCACUAUACCAGAUUUGAACAUCUAGUAAGUUUCACAUUCAUAACUAAGUUUUCAACAUUGUGUUCUUUUUGCAUUCAUUUUUUUUAUUUUUAUUAAAGAUUCAAAA